GGCCCUGCGGGGAGACGAGAGCGGCGGCUGCUGCCACCGGGUCCUCACCCCACCCCCGGGUCCUCACCCCACCCCCGGGUCCAUCCUGUCGAGAGGGGGCGCCAGCCUUCGGCUCCGACCCCUUGGUUUCUCGUCCCCAGCACAGCCAGCGGCCUGUUUAUUCUUUUUGGGAACUGAUAGAAUUUGAGGGGCGUUGACACCGAGCUCCUGAGUCUUAACCAUUCCUCAAGACCCGAAUAAAAGAGGUCAGAUAAUGACAGCAAUGUCCUUAACAGCUGGGCCCCAGGAACUGGUGACUUUUGAGGAUGUGGCCGUGUACUUCACUGCGGAGGAAUGGGCCAGCCUGGGACCUGCUCAGAGGGCCCUGUACAGGGAUGUGAUGCUAGAGAACUAUGCGGCUGUGGCCUUCCUAGCAGCAUCACCCAGUUUCAAACCAGCUCUGAUCUCUCAGCUGGAACAAGGGAAAGAGCCGUGUUUCAUUGAGCCACAAGGUCAGAGUUGGAAAGCAGACCUUGCAGGAUACAGCGCAAAAUUAAGAAGAUGUAUCCACUUAGCUAAAAUGAUGUCAGAUGCCAUAAAAUUAAAACUUCUUCAGAAUCAUCUCUUCUGGGAAGACAGAACAAAGGCUUAAUUCCUUACGUUUAAAUACCACUUUUCAGAGUAAGGAGUUGGUUUAAGAGCCAUCUUAAAUGAUGUCAAGUAUGAAUUUUUUUCUGCUGACACAUGCAUUUCCUAGAUUUAAUGUUUUUCAUUCAUUAAAAUUGUUCAUGUUGAUA